CUGAGAGAAUUUUUGUAUAAAGAAGGCAAGCUGAUCUCUGUCAGUUUUGGAGCAGCUUCAACUGUGCAGCUAAUGUUUAGUUCUCAAAUGACGAAAUCCACGGCUGAGAAGUUCACAGGUCACAUUUUACAAGCAUUUGAAUCUGUUCUCGGAACAUCUGUAACGAUAGAAAUUAGAUGCGAGUCAACUAGAGAUGCAGGCUCAACUGUUCAACUUCCUCUUACAUUGCCUGCUAUUGAUGGUAGUUCGUCACACAUUAGAGAAUUAAGUGGUGUCGGUGUCGAUGUCGCUCGAGCUCAUCCAAGGGGUGAAAUCAUAGAAGAACCAGCUUCUCCAACAGAGCACAAGAAUGAUGCACAGCAAGUUGAUGCUCAUGCAACAUCUUAGAGAAGUGUAUAAGGUUCAAGCAUAGGGCAAGCAUCAGCUUCCCAAAGAAAUCCAAUAGUUAAGUCUCACUUGGACUGCAGAGAGCUUAGGGAACAAGGUCAAAGUAAAAGUAUUGUAAAAAGUAAGGUAUCUCUUGCUCAUGUAAUCCAGCAGGCGGAAAGCCAGCGAAGUGGGUGGUCGAAACGCAAAGUAGUUUCCAUUGCUGAAAAGCUUGAA